CCGCUGCCUGCCCUUCAGCCAGCGGUUUUCCCUCCCAGUUUCAGGGAAUUGCCACCUCCUCCACUGGAGCUGUUUGACCUGGAUGAGACAUUCUCCUCGGAGAAGGCACGGCUUGCUCAGAUUACCAAUAAGUGUACUGAAGAAGACCUGGAAUUCUAUGUCAGGAAAUGUGGUGACAUUCUUGGAGUAACCAAUAAACUACCAAAGGACCAACAAGAUGCCAAACAUAUCCUUGAGCACAUCUUCUUCCAAGUGGUGGAGUUCAAGAAAUUGAACCAGGAACAUGACAUUGAUACAAAUGAAACUGCAUUCCAGGACAAUUUCUGAGGACCGUGCCUCUUGAAGCAUUUUAUGCCUCCUUAUUUGUAAACUGUUUUUCCAUUGUUCCUCAAUCCUUUAUCAAAAUUGUCCAUCUACUCUUCUAUGAACUGUGGAAGAGUUGUGUAUCUUCUGUAGUGCCAGAUAGGUAUAACAUUUCUAACUUAGAAAACCCUUAUGUAAGAUAUGUUCCAUUUUUAAAAUCAAAUGAUUAAAUCUGUACUUUUAUAAUUUA